AUGGCCCGCACCAAGCAGGUAAGCAUUAGCAUUUCGUCGUCAUCGUCGUCGUCGUCCAGAUCCCUCAACUUAUUGCUCACACAUUGUCCUUUGCCAUCACAGACCGCACGCAAGUCUACCGGUGGUAAAGCACCACGCAAGCAGCUCGCCACCAAGGCCGCCCGCAAGAGCGCGCCCGCUGCCGGUGGUGGUGAGUGUCAACUAGUACCACUCAUCGUCGUGCACCACACCUCAUCGUACUGACGUUUUACCGUCCUUGCCAUGCAUCGCCUUUCAUUUCUCAACAGUCAAGAAGCCUCACCGUUACAAGCCCGGUACCGUCGCUCUUCGUGAGAUUCGUCGUUACCAGAAGAGCACCGAGCUCCUCAUCCGCAAGCUGCCCUUCCAGCGUCUCGUUCGUGAGAUUGCUCAGGACUUCAAGACCGACCUUCGCUUCCAGAGCAGCGCCAUUGGCGCUCUCCAGGAGGCUGCUGAGGCUUAUCUCGUCGGUCUGUUCGAGGGUGAGUCAUCGUUUGCCAACGUCAAGCGCCGGUGUAUAGGUUACGCAUACUGACCCCACCCUUUGCAAUCAUCUCCAGACACCAACUUGGCUGCUAUCCACGCCAAGCGCGUUACCAUCCAGCCCAAGGACAUUGCCCUUGCCCGUCGUCUUCGUGGCGAGCGCUCUUAG